GAAAAAACACCGCACCUGGAAAAAGCGUCUUUCAUCCAAUCACAACAGUAGGAUUUAUGUCUUUUCUCCACACCAAUUGACUGGAGCCGAACCUCGGUCCAACGGGAUAUGCGGAGAACAACAACCUUGGUAUCCCCGCGUAUCCCUUACCCUGAUUCUACCAAAUUGUCCUGCACUCUCCAUAUUACCCAAAACGACCUGCAGUAUGUCUGAAGAGGAUACAAAACCUGGUGCCCCUGCGGCGGAAGUUGUCGCCGAGAAGGCCGAACACAUCGAAGAUGCUGGCGAAGCUGUGGAGAAGAAGCUGGAGGCUAUCGAGAAGAAGCUAGAGAUUCCUGUCAAGAAAGCUCCGGGUAGCGCACUGAAGCUGCUGAGCGAUGUCGACAAGACCGCACUGAGAAUCAACAAGCUGCUUGCGUUGCCUGGCGGGCUCGCGUCGUUCCUCUCGACAUUCAACUACACCCUUUACAUUCUUGCCUACGCUCAAACGAAGUCGCCCUCCAUCACAUCGCUUCUACAGAAGGUCUUCUCGGCCAUACGCACCUCAAGCGCGGUCACAAAGCCUAGCACAUCGGUCCUGGUCAAUGCAGGCGCGGUCCCACCCAUCGCUGCGCUCGCAGUCCUCGUAUCGAAAGCGCGCACAACUCUGCGCCUAUUCGGCUGUUUCCCGCUCUACGCAUGGCUCCGCACACUCCUCGCCGGCCCUAAGCCCGGCGCAGAUGUAGUCCUGCACCGCAUUGCCACCUUGCAAGCUAGCAGCUACUUUACCUACCAGGCCCUCGAGAACAUCUCGCUCCUGGCCGAUUCCGGCGUGGUCGGGCCUGCGUUCAUCUCUGCGAUCAACCGUGGCGAUUCGAAGACGGCGCGCGUGUACCUGUGGGCAUACCGCGCGUGGCUGGGUGGUGUCUCAUGCGACUUCCUGCGUCUGGCGAGGGAGUGGCAGCUUGAAAGCCGCAGGAGAACAACAAGGGCCAGAAUGCAGAGUGAGGGCAAAGCAGUCGCGGAGUACCAAGAUGAUGAGGACGCGAAGUUCGAUCAGAGGUGGUGGACAGACGCUAUGAUUGCAAGUGCAUGGUUCCCUAUGGCUUUGCACUUUAGCAGCUCGACUGGCGGAAUCCCUGGAUGGAACCUCGGAUGGAUGGGCAUGUGUGGCCUGGUCGCCGGCAGUACCAGGAUAACACAGCUCUGGGCGAGCACAGCUUGAUCGAAGUCGAUGGUCCUGCAGGAGUAUUGAAGGCUUACUUUGAUGUGCUUCAAGCACUCUGGUGUAGUGAGUGAACUGCGAGUUGUACAUUAUUUGCUGUCGAGUUCAGCAGGCUUGUUCAGGCAACAAUAUACUUUACCAACGAAUGCUCAGUGGUGAUACAGCAAACUCAUGUGAACAACCAUGCAGAAGCCAAAGAUGCGUCAAAACAUAAGCAAAAGUCCAUGUCGACGGCCUCGACAUAACCACAUUCGACUCGACCAGUAGGCUAACCGGAUUCGGCAAGUCCAACCGGUCUAUGAUAAGCGGGGAGUGCAUCAUGUCGACGAUGCCGCACU